CACCCACAAACAUGUUCCACACUUGCAGUAUCUUAUGAAUGACUUUUGGGUAAAACGCAAAGUGAAGUGCAGGGCAGAACCGUUGGAGACAUUUCAUGGUUCAUAUCGGAUAAAGAAACAGUUAUCAACAGGUUCGCACUAUGACGGCGAGUGGCAACUAAUGGGUAUGAAUGGUUACGGAGAGUACACAUAUGAGAAUGGAGUCGUGUACGAAGGCCAAUUCGAAAAUGGCAUGAUGCAUGGGAAGGGUGAGCUUCGAUAUACGUUAAAAGAUGGUAGAAUAGCCGUCAUACGUGGACGAUGGAAAGAAGAUGUCUUGGUUGAGAGGACGUUAUUCCUGUCAGACUCCUUGGAGUACAAAGAAGAUGGCUGGACAUAUUGUAUGAUGCCCGAUAGAAGGUUUGCAGUGGAAUUCGAUACAGGUAUGAAGCCUGCUGGCCAAUCGUAUCUGACGGCUGAGCAGCCAACCAAGGAGAUACCCCCAGGUUUCUAUGAUACGGGAGAUGGUUUCUUCGAUCCUAAAACGAAAGCCAUUUUCAAGGAUGGCAGCCUAAGAGAUAUUGUGAGAGCCCCAGGGGUUCAGGAGCAAAAAUGGAUAGUAGCAAACUGUCGUAAGGGCGUUGAAGAACCUUUAGGACCUCGUCCGGACUUGUAUGAGAACUUACAAGGGCCGGUGAUCUUCCCAGUAUCCCAUCGACCACCAACAAAUACACUCAAGCCCAAAAUAUCGGAAAAAUUUAGUAAACAAUCCUUAUUGGACAAAUUCGAUUACGAUUCAGCACCAGUCUUCUAUGGUGCUGACCAAAUACCGGACAACGACAACUCGGCUUCAGGACACAAUUAA